AUGGAUUCCAGGCUGCUGAUUGGACCGGGGAUCCCCACACUGGACCCGACCGCCCGGGCACCCUGGAACAUCAGCUCCAUCAGUCCGCAGCGGCUGAUGGAGCUGGCGCCAGUCGCUACAACUGGUUCUGUAGUUCCAAGCCACCCAUUUCCAACAGUCGACGUCCCAGACCACGCUCACUACACCAUUGGUGUUGUCAUCCUGGCCGUGGGCAUCACUGGCAUGCUGGGAAACUUCCUGGUCAUAUAUGCCUUCUGCAGGAGCCGGAGCUUGCGGACACCAUCCAACAUUUUCAUCAUUAACCUGGCAGUCACAGACUUCCUCAUGUGUCUCACCCAGACGCCCAUCUUUUUCAUCACCAGCAUGCACAAACGAUGGAUCUUUGGAAAAAAAGGUUGUGAGUUGUAUGCCUUCUGCGGAGCUCUGUUUGGUAUCUGCAGCAUGAUGACGCUGAUGGUGAUUGCGGUGGACCGGUACGUGGUGAUCACCAGGCCUCUGGCCUCCUUGGGAGUGAUGUCUCGCAGGAAAGCCCUGAGCAUUGUGGCUGUUGCCUGGAUCUACUCCAUGGGCUGGAGCCUACCCCCCUUCUUUGGCUGGAGUGCCUAUGUCCCAGAGGGUCUGAUGACGUCUUGCUCCUGGGACUACAUGACAUUCACCCCUUCCGUCCGCUCCUACACCAUGCUGCUAUUUACCUUCGUCUUCUUCAUCCCUCUCUUCAUCAUCAUCUUCUGCUACUGCUGCAUCUUCAGAGCAAUCCGACACACAACACGAGCAAUAACAAAGAUCAACUGUGAAGGAAACAGAGACUCUGCAAAGAGGUUCCAUAAGAUGAGGAGCGAAUGGAAGAUGGCCAAGAUUGCACUCAUCGUCAUCCUGCUGUUUGUCAUCUCCUGGGCUCCUUACUCCUGUGCAGCCCUCACUGCAUUCGCUGGGUACGCUGACAUGUUGACUCCCUAUAUGAACUCUGUUCCUGCUGUGAUCGCCAAAGCAUCUGCUAUCCACAACCCCAUCAUAUACGCUAUUACACAUCCGAAAUACAGGUCGGCACUCAGCAGGUACGUUCCCUACCUCGGGGUGUUGCUGCGCAUCACUGGCAGAGACCGUUUCAGCAGCAGCAGCUUCCAGUCUACCCGCCGAUCAACUCUCACCAGCCAAUCAGAGAUCAAAGGCCCCAGCAAGCCCCGAAACUCCUCCCAGUCUGAGAGCGAAUCAGCCCGCUUCUCAGACACUGAGGAGGACUGCUCCUCUCGGACGCCUGUCACUUGUCAGUUGUCAAGUGAUGUAAAACAGGUGCGCUGUGCUAGCCAGAGGUUAAAGGUGAGAGGUUACAACACAGGAGAGUUUGAGAGGACUGCCGCCCACAACCCCACCGACCCAGCCAUAUGCCACCUCUCACAGAUCAUUACUCUGACAGAGCCUGAAGACAUCUCCAUGUCGGACAUCAGUCUGCAGCCAACCAGUCGUCUGCCUGCUACUAUGGAUAACGUGGUGGAGGAGUCGGGGCCAAGGACUGUGUGUAAACCAACAUCAUCUGUCAUUGUCACCUCCAUAUCCAGCCCGUCUAUACUGCAUAGUCCCCCAGGUUUUCAUGGCAACCAGAAAUUCACCAAAGCUUACAUCCCUGUUGCUAAGGAGCCCCUUGAUGUAGCCAGGCUGGAGACAACAGCAUUACAAUGA